AUGCUUGUCAAACGGGUUCGGCGAUACAUCGGGUGCGAGAUGUUCAUAGAGCUACUCCGGGGGCUGCACUACCUGCACACCCGUCAGCCCCCGUACAUACACCGGGACCUAAAAGCUAAGAAUAUUCUGUUUGACCCGAACGCAGGCAGUUCUGGUAUAUUCUGUAAACUGUGUGACUUUGGUCUGGCAGUCAAAUGCUGGACUGAUGAGACGGGCAGUACAGUUGUGGGCCCACCCGGUGUCGGCACCCGUGCGAGUAUGGCACCCGAGGCACACAAUGGCCGCUAUAAGCGCUGCGGCGAUAUUUACAGUUUGGGCUUGAUUGUUUCUAAAUUAAUGGAUAUUGAUUGUGCAGCUAGAAUUACUAAAAUGGAACAAGCAAUCUGAUGAUUACAGCGAACCAAUGAGACAAAUUAUAAUUAAAAUGAUACAAUACCAACAUGCUUAUCGUCCGGACACAACCCAACUACUUAGUACUAUAGAGAAUUGGCAGAUUCAGUUUGAGCGUAAUAAUGAACUAAACAACCUUGUUGACAAAUUAAAGAACCAU